UGAACUAGGAAGGCUAUAUUGUUAUGAAUUCUAAUAGUAACCAGGGGUUUGGCUUCGUAAUAUGGCGUCGUUGAAAUAUACGCACGCUGUUGUGUGCCGCAUCCCGUUGUCAUUUCGGACGAGAGGAGAAAUAGAGCUUGAGGAAGCGAAACGUCAGCACGAAGCGUACGUUCGACUUCUGCGAGAACUUGGCUUGGAUGUGAUAGAACUUCCCCCAGACGAAUCGUUACCAGAGUGUGUUUUUGUGGAAGAUACUGCGGUAUUGUGUAAUGGGAUUGCAUUAAUUACUAGGCCUGGGUCGCCGACACGUACUAAAGAGGUGGAAACAAUUAGAGCUGUCUUGAAGAAAGAACUAGAUCUGCCUAUUGUUGAAAUCGGUGAUGAGUCUGCUAAGUUGGAUGGUGGUGAUGUCCUCUUUACAGGUCGGGAGUUCUUUGUGGGUCUGUCAGAGUGGACAAAUGAGGCUGGAGCACGGGCAGUGGCUGCUGCAUUCCCAGACUUCCCAUGCACUCCGGUCAAGGUGAGGCCUUGUGUAGACCCUGAUGAGGGCCUCAACCUAGACAUGAUCCAGGUGGCAGAAUCGACACAUCUGAAGGCACUGGUUUCAAUGGCAGGUCCUGAUGUUAUCUGUGUGGGUGCAGGAAAGACAGCACAGGAGGUGCUCAAGCGCAUUGAACGUGAGGCCACGUUUAGUUAUCAGACCCUCACAGUACCAGAAGACAUAGCGGCUAAUGUCCUGUACGUAAACGGAACUCUCAUCCACCGAUCUGUCGAUGAAAUUCCAGAAUCUUGCAAGGUGUUUGCUGAGCGUGUUGACUUCGCCCGGCGGACAUUGAACAUGUCUGAGCUUGCCAAAGCAGGCAGUGGACUGACAUCAUGCUGUCUGCUCUUCCGUCACACGAGGCACAUACGCAGCCUGUAAGGCAUCUGUCAAGUGGUUUGCCAGCCAUCAUUUUGCUUCUCAUAGUAACAGUGUUGCUGGAAACAAGACUUCAGAUGAACCCAUCUUUACUCCAUGCUAGGGGUUGCUACCCUCCUUCAUAGCCACACAAUUGUGGUUAUUUGAAUCUCUUUUACUCGCUUUGUAAAACUUUUUAUUUUAUUUUAUUUUUUUUUUUUGUUUUUGUGAUAUCAGUACUCGUCUCUUUGUAUCAGGUUUGAAGUUUUUGUGGCAGCAAGUAUUAUUAUGGUCAUCUGGGAUGUGAUGCCGUGUAGUCAGGUAGAGGGUUGCUAACAUUUCGAAGGAGCCUGCUGCUUCCAUUGUCCUAUCAGUUGCCAUCAGGAUCAAAGGCCCUGGACCUCAAUGUAGGGAAGACAUCUGCAGAUAUCCAAGCUGGCAAGUGAAGCGUCUUUAGAAGAGAGUGAAUGCUUAGCAUCAGUUUUCAGUGUAGACAAAGUCUGUAAUGCAGAUCUUAAUAUGUGUUUGAAUCAGAAGACCCGUAGAGAUGAUGAAAUUUAGACAAAAUCUGAAAUUCUAUUCAAACAGCCGUAGUAAUGGCCUGCAGGAGAGCUAGGUAUAAAUAUCCCCAGCUUGGCAUAGAAUGCCAAGUUUAUAAAGCGAGUCCAUACAUGAGAUGGGGCAUCCUGUAUCUCUCAGGCAGGUUCUAAUUCAUCUGUUCACCGUGACUUGACUUCUCAUAAAUGCAAGUCCCAUAAAUACGCACAGGGAAAUGAUCUUACAGUCUAGUUUAUUAUCUCAUUCUGAGCUCCUUGCACGUUGAAUGUUUUGGAUAUGUCUUUCAGACCCUGCUUUUGGGCGCACAAACCCAUCAUGUGUUGUAAAAUGUUCUUUGCUUUUUCAGAUCAGGUGUUACCCCCCCCCCACAAAAAAAAAAAAAAAAAAAAAAAGGGAAUUCCUUCAAUCUCUGACCUAAGACAAGACCAUUUGGCCCCGUUUUGUUGACUGGUGGGAUGUUACUGGAAAGGAUGCAUAUGUGGGAUCUUACACCAUCUUCAGGGUAGAAGAUGCAGCACGUUCCUUUGAAACACUGGCACCCAUUUAUCAUGCUACGUGAUGGCACAGCUGAGAAGACUGCAAUCUUAACAUGUUUUCUUGCUGAGAUGUGUUUGCUUCUUGCUUCAUGAGGAUUUAUUUAAUAUUAUUAGUUCAUGUGAGGACUCAGAUUUGUUUUGAAUUUCAGGGGUGCAUGAAAUUCCUGACAUGACCCUUAAUACUCUGCGUCCAGCUUAUCUCCUUGAGGUCAGACUUGUGCUGGCCGCAGAAUGAACAUGACAGCAGCGCUGUAUCACCAGGGCAAGUUUUGAAAUGGCUGGCAUAUGAAUUAGCACACAGAAAGGCAGAGAUGAGAUACAUACUUGUAUUUACAUAUUUAUGUACAGUAUACUGGGACUGUUGUGUCUCUAGAUGGCAGCUGGGUCAGUCGCUAUAGGAAGUUAAACCAUAAGUAGCCAUGUUAUAGGUGAGACAGCUGUCUUCUCACUGUGGAAGCCUGGGUUCAAUCCCAGGGUAGUCCAUGUUUUGGACAGAAUGGCACUGGAGUAGUUUUUGCUCUAUCAUUUGGGGCUGAUACAGGAAGCCCAUUUGAGACCACAGUACCAAAAGACUUCAGUUUCACCCCAUUCCUUGAAAUAAACAAGACAAAAUAAAGGUAGUCAGUAUAGUGACUGCACACCAGGCUGGGCAACAACUGUGGAGCAUGGAUUUUUCUUUGUGUCUAAACUGGCUCUAGAGCUUACCCAGCCUCUUGUCCAGCGGAUACUAGGCUUCUUUCCUUAGGGGCUGUAGUGAUGAAGAUGUGAAGCUGACCGAUUACUGCUGGUGCCAAGGGGUGGAA